CUAAACUAAACUAGGUGCCUUCUCUUUUGCCUUCCCUUUCCAAGAUUGCUCUGUCUUUUUCAUCAAAUUCACAAAAUGGGUUCGUUUGUUUCAAGUCUUGGUAACCCAAUGGCCGAUCAAAACACCGGAACUUACUACCGGCAACUGUUCACAAGCUUCUCCGAAAACUUUAUGGCUGCCUGGCGCAACAUUUCCGACUUUCUCUCUAAAUUUGAGCUCCCCGCAGCCAUUUUCCCUAAUGACAUCUUCGUAUCCACUAUGACGGCCAUCCUUGCACUUCUGCAGCUAAAAUAUCACCAGGACGGCUCAAUGAACCCGUUUGAAUCGCACCCCAUAAUUUCCGCGCUUGCCAUUACUAGUUUGCUCCUAUAUGGCUUAGCAUACAGCACUGAAAUCAGGCUUUCAUCCCAUCCUCCUCGCUAUUCCAAGCGUUUCAUAAAUGUUGUUCGCUUCAGCCUGUUGCUCACUGGUUGCUCUUGUUUAGCUUCCAUGGCAUCAUUCCUGUUCCCUCAAUCGGAACUUGGAACAUUUCACGGAGGAUGGAGGCGCAUCCGACAGAGCUUCAUAGGCAUCUGGAGGCGCAUCACUCAAUGCUUUACUAAUCGGGCCCCAAUUCUUCCACUUUGACCACAUAGAUUGUUUGCCUA